AUGGAGGACACUUACAAUAACAGGACUUCCCUGGCUAAGGGGGCCAAGGACAUAGUCAAGGAGGCCAAACGGCAUGCAACAAAGAAAGUCAGCAAGGUUGUGGACCGUGCCACAGAUGAGUACUCAUCCCACCACAACUACAACCGAUUCCAGGAUGAGGAGGACGAAGAUGAGGAUUUCUACCGGAACCCUCCGAGGCCGGACGGAGAAGGCAACCAUGACAACGAGGAGGGCUCCAGCGAUGCAACAGAAGGCCACGAUGAUGAGGAUGAGAUCUAUGAGGGCGAGUACCAGGGGAUCCCCUCGGCAGGAGAUAGGAAGCAAAAGGAGGGCCAAGUGGCACUGGGGCAACCAACGUCAGAUGCAACAAGGGACCGUAAGGGACUGGAGCAGGAGAGACAGGCUGACGAGGAGGAGCUGGCCCAACAGUACGAGCUGAUCAUCCAGGAGUGUGGUCAUGGGAGAUUCCAGUGGCAACUGUUCCUGGUGCUCGGGUUGGCUCUCAUGUCAGACGGGGUGGAGGUGUUCGUGGUGGGCUUUGUGCUGCCCAGCGCAGAGACAGACAUGUGUGUGCCUAACUCCAGCUCGGGAUGGCUAGGCAGUGUUGUUUACUUGGGGAUGAUGGUUGGAGCGUUUUUCUGGGGAGGCAUGUCGGACAAAGUGGGCCGCAGACAGUGCCUCCUCAUUUGCAUGUCCACAAACGGCUUCUUCGCCUUCCUGUCAUCUUUUGUCCAGGGAUACGGCCUCUUCCUCCUUUGCCGUCUCUUCGCAGGCUUUGGGAUAGGAGGUGCUGUGCCCAUUGUUUUCUCCUUCUUUGCAGAGGUGUUGUCCAGGGAGAAAAGAGGAGAACACCUCAGCUGGUUGUGUAUGUUUUGGAUGAUUGGAGAGAUCUAUGCAUCUGCUAUGGCUUGGGCCAUCAUACCACACUAUGGUUGGAGUUUCAGUAUGGGUUCAGCGUACCAGUUUCACAGCUGGAGGGUGUUCGUUGUUGUCUGUGCCCUGCCCUGUGUGUGUGCCGUGGUGGCACUUACCUUCAUGCCCGAAAGUCCCAGGUUCUACCUUGAGGUGGGGAAGCACGAUGAAGCCUGGAUGAUCCUCAAACAGAUCCACGACACCAACAUGAGAGCGCGUGGGCAACCGGAGAAAGUCUUCACCGUAAACAGGAUCAAGAUCCCCAAACAACUGGAUGAACUGGUGGAAAUGGAGUCAGAGUCUGGCAAUCCAGUUUCUAAGUGUUUCUUUAGGAUAAAGAAUGAAAUACAUGAGAUCUAUCUGAAUCUCAUGAAGUGCUUCAACUACCCUAUGCGAGAAAACAUGAUGCGACUAGCUAUAGUGUGGUUCACACUGUCAUUCGGGUAUUAUGGCCUGUCAGUCUGGUUCCCUGAUGUCAUCAAACACCUUCAGGCAGAUGACUAUGCAUCCAAAGUGAAGCUACACAACAAUGAACGCAUUGAAGACUUCACCUUCAACUUCACCCUGGAGAACCAGAUACAUAAAAACGGGCUCUUCAUCAACGACCGAUUCAUCAGUAUGAAGCUGAGGUCCGUCACAUUCAUUGACUCUACCUUCCGUAACUGCCACUUUGAUGAUGUGACAUCGGUGGGCUCCUUCUUCCGUAAUUGUACUUUCAUUGAUGCUUUCUUCUUUAACACAGACAUUGAUGAAUCCAAGUUGAUAGAUGGCACAGAGUUGAUCAACAGCACAUUCACCCACAACAAGAAAGGAUGCCAGAUGACGUUUGAUGAUGACUACAGUGCCUACUGGGUAUACUUCAUCAACUUCCUGGGGACCCUGGCUGUUCUGCCCGGCAACAUUGUUUCUGCCCUUCUCAUGGACAAAAUUGGGCGUCUGUCCAUGUUAGGUGGCUCCAUGGUCCUCUCAGGCAUCAGCUGUUUCUUUUUGUGGUUCGGCACCAGUGAGUCCAUGAUGAUUUUUAUGUUGUGCCUUUACAACGGUCUGAGCAUCUCUGCCUGGAAUUCCCUGGAUGUGGUCACGACUGAGUCAUUCCCUACUGCCAGGAGAGGAACAGGCUUUGGGUUCUGCAACGCUCUGUGUAAGCUGGCUGCAGUCAUGGGGAACCUGAUUUUUGGCUCUCUUGUUGGCAUCACAAAGGCCAUCCCAAUCCUCAUGGCCUCGUCUGUGCUCGUCGGGGGAGGCCUGGUUGCACUCCGGCUGCCUGACACCAGGUCGAAUGUCCUUAUGUAA